AUGGCUCGACCAAGCUUGCUCCAGCCCGAAAACUCCAAUUCAGACGUCCUUGACGCCCGAUCGCUAGACGCGCAAGUCGCAACGACCGACGAUAAAUCGAAGCCCAAGAAGGCGCACAAGGAGAAGAGCAAGAAUAAGAAUAAGAACAAGAGCAAAGAUUCCUCCGACCCAGCCUCAAAAAAUGGCGCCAAGUCCUCUUCGAAGCGAAAGCGCGAGUCUGAGCCUGGCCGGAAAAGCAAGAAGAACAAGCAUCAUGACCGAGAUGACCGCGCAAAUGGCACGGUUCUUAUCGGUGAACCGGAAGUGGAUCAAAAGCCCACCCUCGCACAACUGAACGGUGUCCGUGUAGAUGACUCUGCCGCUUCAGCGCCUGCAGAGACACCCCAUCCGGAGCUCGACGGCACUCCAACCCAAGGAAAGAAGCCCCGAAAGGCGCGAAUAAGUACCGGUAAAGCUGGGAAAAAAAUCGGUAUAUUUGAAGAGAGCGAAAUUCAAGCCGUGGAGAAAUACAAGGUCGACUUUUGCAAUCUUAACGGAGUUGAAGCCUCGACAUUCGACGCGAUUGUGCAGCAUUCCCAACGCGAAGGUGAAGACUUUCCCUGUCCUACCGAUAUCUGUACCAAAGCCGAGUUCUGGUCUGCCAUCUACGAACUUAUGCCGAAUAGAGACCGUCGAUCGGUCUAUCGGUUCCUGCGCAGACAUUUCCAGGACUCCGAUCAGAAACCACAUGAGUGGACUGCGGAACAGGACGAAGACCUCAUCAUGUUGCGGGCUAAGCAUGGACCAAAAUACGCUUUUAUCGCCAGGAUCCUCGGCCGCACUUCCGAUGAUGUGACACAACGGUGGAAGAAUCGCCUUGAGCACCGCAAGACUAUGCAACGUGGACCGUGGAGUGAACAGGAACUGCGAGACCUGCUUCGAUACGUGUUACUGGUCGGCGAAAGCUCCCAGCAGCUAGGCAUGUCUUCUGAUGUGUAUGAAAUGGACGAUAAAAUAUUCCCGUGGGGCAAGAUCAGUGAUCAAAUGAAAAACUCUCGGUCCCGCCAGCAAUGCGCCGACAAAUGGCGUAAAAUUCGGAGGGACGUUUUAGAAAGACGGGCUACUUCCGACCCGAAUGCUGUCUUUAAUCCAAGGGAGAGUAAAAGUCCUGGCACUCAAAAGAGCAAGGUAUACGUCGAGGAAGAGGAUAGUGAAGACGAGGGAAAUGAGUCAGCACAAACUGCUAAGCAAACUGGAGCUACAACCGUGUCCGCUCCCGAAGCAGAUCCAAGAUCGCAGUCUGUAUCCGGUGACCUCAGCGAAUCUCCAAAUCAACAGCUGGUUGAGGAAGAGGCUUCUUUGUCCGAGGAUGACGAAGACGAACAUUCUUCUCCCGCCACUCAACGAUCUGAGCCAGCAUCCGAGAAGCAAGAAAAGAAGCAGAAGAAGGCGAGGGAAAUAAAUGACCUUGCAGAGGCCGAGGGGCUCACUUUAGCGGAAGCAAAAGAGCAACGCAAGCAGGAAAAGACACGCAGGAAGUCAUUGAAGGGAAAGAGGACAUCUGCAGUCAUCAAGGCCGACAUCAAUGAGCACACUCAAUACAAGCAAGCAUCUCCAGUCCAGUCGCAGGCCGGCUCUGACAAUGACUCCAAUAUGUCUCAUCUUGAGGAUCACAGCCGAAUCAAACAGGAAGUAUGA